AUGAGCAAUGUCUGUGCAGAACAGCAUCACAAGUUUCAACAUACCCACCAACUCCUCUCCCUUAAGAAAUCACUAAGAGACAUUGACAUCCCACCGAGGAAGCUCCUCACCCGCCGCGCCGCCGCCGUACACGACGUCGCCGGCGCCGGCGACAUUUUUUCCGAUGAGACCCUCAUGCAGAAAUACCUCCCCCACAACAAUCCGGUGGACUCCGAUGAAGAUUCCGACGACCCUUAUUCCUCCGACCACUUCCGCAUGUAUGAGUUCAAGGUCCGGCGAUGCACCCGCAGCCGGAGCCAUGACUGGACCGACUGCCCUUUUGCUCACCCCGGCGAGAAGGCUCGCCGCCGUGACCCCCGGCGGUACCACUACUCCGGCACGGUGUGCCCGGAGUAUCGCCGCGGCGGGUGCAGCCGCGGUGAUUCCUGUGAGUUCUCCCACGGUGUUUUUGAGUGCUGGUUGCACCCUGCUAGGUAUAGAACAGAAGCUUGCAAAGAUGGGAAAAAUUGCAAGCGAAAAGUUUGUUUCUUUGCACACACCACUCGCCAACUCAGGGUUUUGCCAGUGAAUAAUUCACAUGACAUGUUCUCAUGCAACAACAAUAACAACAACAACAACAAGAGCAAGUUUUUGAACCCUUCUUCGGGUUCAAACCAUUGUUGUUUGUUUUGUCAUUGCUCUAAUUCCACUACUAGUGCUAGUGUUAAUGCUAGUUCUACUUAUUCACCAACUUCUACUUUGUUUGGCAUGUCACAUUUUUCUUCUCCACCAUUGUCACCUUCUUCUAAUUCCCCUUCUUCAACUUGCCAUUCACCUUCUGUUUCUAGGUUUGUAGGGUCUGAAACAUGUGGUGGUGGUGGAAUGAACCAUCAUGGUGUUGUGAGCUAUAAGGAUGUGCUCACAGAGUUUAUGUGCUCCUUAGAGAAACUGAGUUUUGGUGAGGCUUCUAAUUCGCCUGUGUCUAAUUGGGUUGAUGUAUCUUUCAACUCUGAGGAUCAGCAUCAGUUUUUCAUUGUUUUGCCAACAACAGUGGCUUCUGGAAACUUUUCUAAUGGGAAAUAUUCAACAAGCUGCAAGUUCUUGAGGGAGGAGAAAAGGGUUGUUGUUGAUGAUGUCACUGCCCCGGAUCUCGGGUGGGUUAAUGACUUGCUGAUGUAG